GAUGACGCAGACACUGUUUUGACCAAAUUCUCUCCUGCUAUCAUGUCCGCGGUUUGUCCGCGACCGGGCGCAACACCUGAUGAUGGUCCUGACUGCUUAUUCAACGAUGAGCGCGACUUGUUCUAUCUCAGACUAGUCUUUGCCCUCGUGAGGAAUCCCAUCUGGCACCCGCAUUUGUUUGCGGAUCACCAUAUAGAUCGGUGCACUAGCAUAAUUGCAGAGUGCUGCCAAUUAUCCCCCAGACGCCAGAUCUACAACAUAGUUGGUGUCCUCCUCCGAACCACACCUGAACAGGUACCGAUGUUAUUGCUCGAGUCUAUCACAGAGGAGCAGUGGUGGGGUAUGAUCAGACGUGCAUGGACGGAGAUCUACCGGUAUGGAGAGGUCAAGGACGCGGAGGAGUUGCUUCCUGUCCUCGUGGAAGGCACAAAGAAGUAUAUGCACAUCGCUUAUACACCUGAUCUUCAGCGGCUUUCGGAAGAUGUGGAUCGUGUUUCCAGCAUAGCAGAGGAGCGAGCGUUAGAGUGCAUUGAUGAUGUGAAGGGGUUGGUGACUGUAGUCCGCGACAUGCUUGCUCAGAAGUUCAGUCAAUAG